AUGCCCGUUCACCACAGCCUGAAACAAUGGUGUGCGGCCCAGGAAGUCCUUAGAGUCUACAUCCACUUGUCCACUGUCAAGCAGCAGCUUCACAAUUGUAGCGUGACCAUUCUCAAUAAACGUACCACUGUCUCGUGUCCAUUUUCUGCAGCCCGGGACAGUGGUGUUCGACUAAAAUUGUCUUUAGUAUCCGCAUCAACUACUCCAGUGUCGAUCAGCAGUUUGACUAAGAAGUCAUGUCCGUUUUCUGCGGCUCGCGAUAGCGGUGUUCGACCACCCUCGUUGUCUUUUGAGUUCACUUCGGCUUCUCCAGUUCCAAGGAGCUCCCUGACCACCGUAUCAUGUCCAAACUCCGCAGCACACCCGAGUGCUGUCGACCCAGUGACAUCUUUUGAGUUUACAUCGGCUUUGCCGGUGUCGAGAAGGAUCCUCACUACCGCCUCAUACCCUGAUUGUGCGGCCAAUGCUACGGCAUGUCCAUAUUGUGAAGCCCAGCCUAGCGGAGCCCGACCCAGCUCAAAAUCCACGGCGUUCGGAUCAACCUGUCCGGUUUCAAGUAGAAGCUGGACCACCUGCUCGUGCCCGUUCAUCGCGGCGAUGGACAAUGCAGUGAAGCCUGUUUCAUCGCCCGCAUCCAGCGCCGAGCUUUCUGAGUUCCAUGCAUUGAAUCGAUACAAGUAUGGGUUGAUGACAGCAUGA